AUGUCUGCUGAAGCAGAUCGCGUGAACGGUGGUGAUAGAGAAAAUCUCCAGCAACAUUUUAUUACGGAGAAAACAGAAAAUAAUUCCUUGCCAAAGAUUGUUUCUGAAGUUGCUAAACCAGUCGUAUCUGAAGAUACAGAAUGUAUUCCAGAAGUUACUGCUGCCAACAAUCAGCCAGCGGGUACUCCAUGUUCCGGUCCAGUUUCAGGCAGAUGUCAGAAAAUGAAAAAGAAGCAGAAUCAAAAGACUUUCAGUUUAGUUGAUAUUUUUAAUAUGCAUGAACGUAUUGGAAGUUGGGCUGAUGCCGCUGUCGCUGAUGUUCCACCGUCCUACUCGCAAGAGGAAACUUUGUCAGUCGCACAAGUAUCGAAUCUAGCGCAACCAGAGAACUGUAAUCAAGAUCCUCUUACCCAUGUCUGUCCUCCAUCUUCUGAACGAAGUUUAGAUCGUGCUACGCACUCAGGGAAUGUGGACUUGGUCCAUUUUUCGGAAGUACCAUUAUUCGAGAUUAAAGUGGCAAAUAUUAACUAUAAGUGCUCUGAUAAAGAUCUUUGCACAUUAUUAGGAGGUAGAAACAAUAUUGUGAAUAUUCGUUUCGAAGGUCAUCCUUCCAAACGUGGUACUGCCAUCAUUUCUUUUGCAUCUGAAAGUGCAGCGGAGGAUGCCUUGAAUUUGCAUGGCAAGGUGUUCCUCGGUCGUUCAUUAAAAAUAUCGCGUUACUUUUAUUCAUCACGACAACCAUAUGGUGAUGUGAACCAAGUAGUUGGACGAGAGCAUUCCAAGAACAAUUAUCAUUAUGAAGGAAACUAUAAUACGUUACCUCCUGUUCGUCGUGCCCCACCAUCUCUAUCAUCAUUCAGUGCUAGUAAUCAUGCCAAGCGAUUUCCUAUCCAACAACAAUUUGCACAUCGUGAUUACCGAAGAUACGAUUAUGAUAAUCGAUCAAUGCGUUAUUCGAAACCCGGAAACAACCAGUUUUAUCCUCGCUACGCUAAUCGAAGUUUUGAUUCUUAUGGUAUGCUCUCAAGAGUACCACCUGUUCAUCUAAAUACGUUGACUCAACAGGGUGCAAGGGUGGAGUAUGAUAAUGGUGUAAGGGGCCUCGAACGUAUUCGAACAGAAAGUGUGCGAAGUAGCACUACGGAAGGUACUGAAAGACAUGAAAGACCUAGAUUACGGCUGCAACCUCGUACUAAACCUCUUAAUAGUAAGGAAGAAGAUUUACCUGCUAGACCAACAAGUAUUUUUGGUCUUGCAAAACCUGUGGAUACCUCGGAAAAGGAAAAACAGGCUGAGGAACGCUUACGACUGGAAGAUGAGGCCUUUAAAGCUACUGCUCAGCGAUUGAGAAAGAAUAGCGAACAAUCUGUUCCUCUUUCAACAUCUUCAACAUCGUUGCUGAAGAACAUUUCUAUAUCAUCAGAAACUCCUCCGUUAGACGAUUUGGAAAAGUGCCCACCAAUUCAAGAAAAUGUUAUUGAAGUGUGUCCCGAGCUGGUAAGAAGUAGUGAUGAAACAGUCACAUGUCUAGUUCAUCCUCAGGUUGUCGCUAAUGAAAAGCGUUCCGUGGAAGAAAUAGAGAAAUCUUUGUCUGCUGCUACAAUUCCUCCUCCUCCACCAUCGCCAUCUUCAAUCUCGUCACCAAAACCUCUUUAUUCAACCACUUCCUUUCGAUCUUCAAAUCAAACUGAAGCAUCUGAAGUACUCACUUCAUAUGCACCGGGACGAUCGAAAAACAGUUACAAUCGCACAUUCACUCGCUCUCGAGAUUCCUUUCGUGUACAGAAAAAAGGAAAAGGAAAUGCAAGUGCUGGAGGCUUGUCAAGCAUGGACAAACGUCUUGCAGUUAGGAAAGAUAGCAAAAAUGAAAGCAUUGUAGAAUUCUCAAAACAUAAUGGACCGGAAGAACCUGAAAAAAGAUGCCAGCAACAAAUGUUGAUCGAACAGAAAUAUGAUGACGUAAUAACAGCGACAGAAACAUCCAGUACAGCAAUGAGGCGGCAAUAUUCCGAUCAACAACCGUAUUCUAAAAAAGAAAAGAAAAAACAGGCUGUAGAGACGAAGACGAAGGAUUUAUCGAGAUAUGUUGAAGCCAAACCGUUUUCAUUUUCAUCCGAAAAUAAAUAUGCUGCACUUUUGGAGGCAGACGAAUGA